UCGACAGGCAGCUGUUGUUCAAACUAGCUGAUAUUUAAACCCACUGUGUGUUUUUUAUUAGAUUUUGCUAUUUUAAAUGAACAAAAUAAGCUCUAAUUAAGAAAGGAAUACUUCACUUAUCACAGCAGACAGACUGAAAUUAUCCUACAGAAGUAAUGCCGCGGAGAAAGAGAGCCGGCGGAAGCAGUUCAGAUGGGACGGCGGACUCGGACGACUCGGCGGAGCACGAGAAGACCGACGGCGACGCGAAUCGGCGCAGCGAGGCGCGAUUAACCCGGGCUUCUGUUCGCCUCAGCCAGAGCUCUCAAGACGCCCCACCGGACGUGAAGCUGAUAGCGGAGCGAGACGAGUCUCCCCCUCGGACCCCGACCGGCAACGCUCCCUCGUCCGAGUCGGACAUCGACAUCUCCAGUCCCAACGCGUCCCACGACGAGGGUGCAGCCAAGGACCACAAGGGCUCAGGCGGCGACCCCGCGCGGCGACCCAAGCGCCGCCGCUUCCACGAGAGCUACAACUUUAACAUGAAGUGCCCCACCCCGGGGUGCAACUCCAUGGGACAUUUAACAGGAAAACACGAGAGACACUUCUCAAUAUCUGGAUGUCCACUGUACCAUAACCUGUCCGCCGAUGAGUGCAAGGUCAAAGCAUCAGAGCGCGACAAACAGGAAGAGGAAAGAAGUCAGACUCAGAACGACGACAACAGACACGCUACCCGUCAUCAGGCUCCCACUCCAAAGCAGGUGAAAUAUAAGGAAAAGGUUCAAGAGAUGAGGAAGAAGAAGGACGCCGGACUGACCAAAGAGCAGAAAGAAAAGUACAUGGAACACAGACAGACUCACGGGACCACCAGAGAGCCUCCGCUGGAAAACAUCACCAGUGAUUUCGAUCUGGAGCUCUUCAGAAAGGCCCAGGCCAGAGCGUCAGACGAUCUGGAAAAGCUGCGCGUGCAGGGCCAGAUCACCGAGGGCAGCAACAUGAUCAAGACCAUCCUGUUCGGGCGCUACGAGGUGGACACUUGGUACCACUCGCCCUACCCGGAGGAGUACGCCCGGCUCGGCCGCCUGUACGUCUGCGAGUUCUGCCUGAAGUACAUGAAGAGCCAGACCAUCCUGAGACGGCACAUGGCCAAGUGUGUGUGGAAGCACCCGCCCGGAGACGAGGUGUACAGGAAGGGGGCGAUUUCAGUCUUCGAGGUGGACGGGAAGAAGAACAAGAUCUACUGCCAGAACUUGUGUUUACUGGCCAAGCUGUUCCUGGACCACAAGACUCUGUACUACGACGUGGAGCCGUUCCUUUUUUACGUCAUGACCGAAGCUGACAACAUCGGCUGUCAUUUAGUGGGAUAUUUCUCCAAGGAGAAGAACUCCUUCCUGAACUACAACGUGUCCUGCAUCCUCACCAUGCCGCAGUACAUGAGGCAGGGCUACGGCAAGAUGCUGAUCGAUUUCAGUUAUCUGCUGUCCAAAGUGGAGGAGAAGGUGGGCUCUCCUGAGCGGCCUCUCUCCGACCUCGGCCUCAUCAGCUACCGGAGCUACUGGAAGGAGGUGCUCCUGCGCUACAUGUACAACUUCCAGGGCAACGAGAUCUCCAUCAAAGAAAUCAGCCAGGAGACGGCCGUGAACCCGGUGGACAUCGUCAGCACCCUGCAGUCACUACAGAUGUUGAAGUACUGGAAAGGAAAACAUCUGGUUUUAAAGAGACAGGAUCUGAUUGAUGAUUGGAAGGCCAAAGAGACCAAACGAGGCACCAGCAACAAGGCCAUCGAUCCCAGUUCGCUCAAAUGGACCCCGCCCAAAGGGACCUAAGAGGGAACCCGACCCCCCCGAGGGAGAACGCUCCCGUGACGGUCUCUUUGAUGUUUCGUCCGUGCGUGCGCCUCUGUGGAUUUUCGGCCGACACGUGUCACGUUUGACGCGCUUUCUUUCAUUUCGUUUUGAAAUUCGGUUCACGCUUUCGAAAGGACACACGCCAUGACCUCGUGUGUGUAGAACGGGUCGGUGUGACGCGGGUGCACCCCUCCCCAUUCCUGACGAUCAUCCAGCCUUCCUUGGGGGUUUACUUCGCACCUGACUGUUGAUAUUCCCGAUUCCGCCGGUGGCCUCGAUGGACCGGAUCGGCGGCCCCGACAGAUCUCAGGAAUGAGGUUUAAAGUGGCCCAAUUUUAAGUGUGGCUGUCACUUGAGAGUUUUUAUGUAGCCUUCACACGCAGCUAAUAAGUGCCGGGUAAUUAGCUGAAUAACUAAAUCAGGCGUGUUCAGAAUCGAGGACCCAGAAUUUGGCGGCAUCGUCGCCUCCCUUCGCAGGAAUGUCACUCUCUCGUAUCGAUCGUCGUUUGUUUACGCUUCAAUUUCAAUGUAAUAAAAACAAACCGUACAACACCUCA